GUUUUGAUUUGAAAACAAUGGUUAAGAGGAAGAAGAAACCAAUUACUAAAAGUGAUUCAUUGAUGGCAGACAUUGAAGUCAACGAUUUGUUUAGUGAAUUGUUGGCCGAAAAUGAAAGACUUGUUAAUGUAUUGAAUGAAUUGAAAAGUUAUUUGAAAACAAUUCACACGAAAUACGAGACAAUGAUUACCGACGAAGAUAUGAAACAGUGGCAGACAUUACAACAAUCAAUGGAUACAACUGUCGAGGAAUACAAUAGUAAUAAUAAUGUAAGAGUUAAGCUGAAGAAUAAAAUUGAUUUAAAUAGGAAAUCAAGUGAUAGAAAACUAGCGGCAAAUAGUAAUAACAACAUUGAUGUCAAUGAAGAAGAAGACACCAAUCAAUUGUCAGUACAACCUCUGUCUCAGACAACUAUCACGACAAGUGAAGUGUCAAAGUUGAAGACAAAACUCAAGACUAGUAAACGUAAGACAAAUAAGUCAUGUGAUGCCUACAAGAGCAGGCCAUACGAGUGCCUAAACAAGGAUUGUGGUCAACGGUUUAAACUGAAAGUCCAACUGAAUCAACACUCACGCAGAUGUCACGAGACAUCAUCAUCAACAACAACAGUCAUCAACAGCUGUCAUGUGUGUGAAAAGACAUUUAAAAUUAAGGCACAUCUGGCAAAUCAUUUGAGAACACAUUACUACAGUCACCGAUCAUACCAGUGCUCAGAAUGCGACAAAUGUUUUGCUAAUAAACUAUGUCUUAGGCGACACCAGCGGACCAUACAUUUGAUGUACAAUAGUCUGGACCAAACCGACGAUACUGAUGCCGGACGAUCUGAUUUUGGUUACACUGUGUUCAGACAAAACACUUUUGAUUUGAAAACCCGACAAUACAUAUGUCCUGCAGUCGGCUGCGGACUGCCGUACAGUAACGCCAAAAGUCUAUACAAACACUAUCAGGAAAUUCAUCGACAAAACGCCAUCACUGAAGAUGAUGAGGAAGUUUGUCAGGAAAAUGAUAGCCAAAUAUUACCGGCGAUUCGUGAAUCCGAUCGAAAACUAUUACUACUGUUAAAGAACUGUACGUUUGACGACCAAAAACAACGAUUUUUGUGUCCAUUUGUCGGCUGUGAUCGCAGUUACGGCUAUAAACAUAGUCUUGAGGUUCACUUUCGCAACAAUCACUAUAAACCCGAUUAUAAACCGUUCAGUUGUACCCAUCCUGACUGUGGUAAUCGAUUUAAUAAACGAAGUUCACUGAAUAAACAUAUGAAAACACACGAUGAAAAUCGUAGCAAAUCCUACCAGUGCUCACAGUGUGACAAAUCAUACUUCAAUGAAUGCGAUCUAACCAAUCAUUUUAAUAUCAAACAUAUGGAUGAAAAAAUAAAGUGUGGUAUCGAUGACUGCCAGUCGAUGUUUACUAAUAUACAUCAGCGGACAGUCCAUCGACAGACUGUUCACAAUAUGAAGUAUUCACUGAGAAAACUACCGGACAAACAUUCGUGUCAAUGGCCCGGCUGUGAGUAUCGGUGCGGUACUGUUACCCAUCUGAGAGAUCAUACGCGUAUACAUACCGGUGAGCGACCGUUUAUGUGUCAGUGGCCACAGUGUGACAAACAGUUUCGUUUGAAGGCAGCCUACGAUAAACAUAUGAUUUGUCAUAAAAAUUUGAAACCCUAUGUAUGUCAAUGGCCCGGUUGUGAAUACCGGGGCAAUAGUAGUAGCAAUUAUUAUGCACACAAAAAAAUACAUAAAAGACAACAACAACAACAACAAUCAGCUAAUACUACAACAUUAACAACUAAUAGCUAA